AUGGCAGAAGAUAUCCAGAACUUGCUAAUACUACAACAAUUGCUUAUUGUGCAGCAGCAGCUGCAGCAGCAGGCAUACAAUGAAGCUGCAGCUGUAAACAUCAUCAGACGGCGAAGAAGAAGGAGGGCAAGGCAAAGAAGAUGCUGGGUUAGAUCAUUUCUAGGUGAUGUCCGAAGUUCUCAGUUUGGGCACUUCAACCGCCUCAUGCCUGAGUUGAGGCACGAAGAUCCUGCAUCUUUCCACAAUUUCCUCAGAAUUCCACCAGAUAUGUUUGAUGAGCUGCUCACCAGACUUAAUCCAAGAAUCACCAAGCAGGAUACCAAUUACAGAAAGGCUAUAGAUCCAGGGCUGAAGCUUGCAGCCACUCUGCGCCAUCUGGCAUCUGGUGACACGUACGCCAGUGUGAAGUUUGACUUCAGAAUCCCAUCCAAUACCUUGUCUCUCGUAGUGAAGGAAGUCUGCCAGGCUAUAGUAGAUGAGUACAAAAAUGAAGUGAUCAAGUUCCCAACCACUCCUGCAGAGUGGGCUGCAGUUGCUGAACAGUUCGAACGUCGAUGGAAUGUCCCUCAUGGAUGUGGUGCCUUUGAUGGCAAACAUGUUGCCAUACGAAAGCCAGCCAACAGUGGAAGCCUAUAUCAUAACCACCAAGGAUUCUUUUUAAUUGUUUUGAUGGGCCUGGUAGAUGCUGACUAUAACUUUCUGUGGAUAGACGUUGGAGGUGAUGGCUACAUGACAGAUGCCAUGAUCUUUAAUGAAUCUGAGCUUAAGGAGUGCCUAGCUGACGGAUCGAUAGGUUUUCCACAACCAUCACCCCUACCGAAUGAUGACAGAAACAUGCCGUACUUCAUCCUUGCCGAUGAUGCCUUUGGGCUCCAUACCAAUCUGAUGAAGCCCUACCCGCAACGCAACCUGACAAAGGAGCAUAGGAUAUGCAACUACAGGAUAUCCAGAGGGAGGAGGAUAAUGGAGAAUGGAUUCGGGAUACUGGCACAACGUUGGCAGGUUCUCCUAGGCACCAUGCAACAGGAGCCUGACACAGCAAGGCUCAUUGUUGAGGCAUGUGUCUGCCUUCACAACUUGAUGCGCAUGCGGUAUCCUACCCUGCAGAAUGCAGCUUUGGAUUACGAGGAUGGCUACCACGAUAUGGUCCCUGGAGCAUGGAGGCAGCAUGCCAAUAUGCAUGAUGUCGACCAAGCAAAAGGACCAAACAGAGAUAGCACUGCUGCCAAGAAACAGCGUGAAUGCCUCAAGCUCUACUUCAACUCAGCAGCUGGAUCAGUGCAUUACAAGACCGAAGUCACCGAAGUCACCGAAGUCACCGAAGACACAGUUACAUGGCAAGACCGAAUGAUAUAG